AUGGAUUCAGGUGAUGGAGUUUCACACACUGUUCCAAUUUAUGAAGGAUUCUCACUUCCACAUGCUAUUCUUAGACUUGAUCUUGCAGGACGUGAUCUUACUGAUUAUCUUAUGAAAAUCUUAACUGAAAGAGGAUAUGCAUUCACUACUACUGCAGAAAGAGAAAUUGUUAGAGAUAUUAAAGAAAAACUUUGCUAUGUUGCAGAAGAUUUCAAUGAAGAAAUGCAAAAAGCAGCAUCAAGCAGUGAACUUGAAAAGAGCUAUGAACUUCCAGAUGGACAAGUUAUCACAGUUGGAAAUGAAAGAUUCAGAUGCCCAGAAGCACUCUUCCAACCAUCAUUCCUUGGUAUGGAAUGUAAUGGUAUUCAUGAAACUACCUACAAUUCAAUUAUGAAAUGUGAUGUUGAUAUUAGAAAGGAUCUUUAUGGAAAUAUUGUUCUUUCAGGAGGAACAUCAAUGUAUCCAGGUAUUAACACCAGACUUGAAAAAGAAAUGAUUCAAUUAGCACCACCAACAAUGAAGAUUAAGGUUAUUGCCCCACCAGAAAGAAAAUAUUCAGUUUGGAUUGGAGGAUCAAUUCUUGCAUCACUUUCUACAUUCCAAAAUAUGUGGAUUACCAAAGAAGAAUAUGAUGAAUCAGGACCAGCUAUUGUCCACAGAAAAUGCUUCUAA